AUGGACAACCGCUGCCGGAACGCUUUCGAAUAUCACAACCCAGGAUCAACAACCACCAGUGUGGUAUACCAACCUGCUGUCCCCAAUCAGACUGUGGUCGUCCCGCCACUGACAACUGGUGUGCAGCAGCAACCACUACAACCCCCACCACAACAAGGCUAUCCACCACAAUACCCACAACAACCUCCGCAAGAAAAGGGUUACCCACAGCAGCCUCCGCCUCAGUACCCGCAACAACCUCUCCCACAACAAGGUUACCCACAACAAAGUUACCCGCAACAAGCUCCACCACAACAAGAUAGUACACCGCAACCAUCGGCUCUGUCAGAAAAAAAUGAAGAGGAGAAACAUUAA